CAAAGAUUCAUAAAACAGAGAUUCAGAAGAGAAGAAAGUUGUGAGUAGUCUAUUCUUCUUUUUUUGCAGAACAGAUAGAAAUAAAGAAAUACGGAGAUAUAUGCAGACAAUCUGAAGCAGAGAACAGUAAAGUUUUGUCCAGCAUACGACAUUGGCUGUGAAAGGCUGCAGGGAUGGGCGGUUUUCGCAAAGCGGUGCUUUUCUGCAGUUUCCAAGUGCUUGUUGCUGUUGUCUGGGCUCAGCAAACUGAGGUGACCUUCAUUCCAAAUGACGAAAAUGAUGAGGGCGCAGGCACUCAUCCCUCCUCAGAUUGUAGAGAAGAGACAUAUCCUUGCACCCGGAUGUACUCUGUCCAUCGCCCCAUAAAGAGAUGCAUUCAUUCUCUCUGUCUCUACAGUAUUCCUCGGGUCUACGUCAUCAACAAGGAGAUAUGUGUCAGAACAGUCUGUCAGCAUGAAGAGAUACUCAAAGCGGAACUUUGCAGAGAGAAAUCCGGAUGGCCCAAGCGACUUCAGAGAUCAGCCAAAAAACGCUGUCUUCGUGCAAAAACCUGGAAAAUCAACAACUGAAGCAAUGAGGGUGGGGGGGGGGGGGGGUCUAGAGUAGGGAAAAAUCAUAGGAAGAUGUAGAUGUGUCACAAACAGAUGCAUUUAGGAAACAAAAGCAUCACCUUUUUCCCAGGAAACCAGUUCUGAAAUUUAUCUGUUUCAAAUUAUCAUUGUUACUGUGUAUUUGUUAAACUCCUGUGAGUCAUAUGAGACAAACAGUGUUUACGUGUUGUACUGUUGAUCCAAGGGACAUGCUUCUAACUACUUUGCUGCACAAAGACAUUUGGACAUGUAAUGUCUAUAUAUUCAUAUUCAUGUUUUAGAUUCCAAAUAGUCUCAUGACUGUGUCUCUAGGGUUACAAAUGAUAUAUGAUAUAUGAUAUAUUAGAGCAUGUUUUUAUUCAUACAGGAAACAAGAUUACUCUGUAUUUUAAUUAGCUGAAUGUUUUUUAACACUGACUAUUAUGAAGUCUGAAGUUGUUUUUUAUGUUGUUUAUUGACAUCAUUUUUUAAUGUACUUUCUAAUACUGCAAAAUAACAUUGUGUGCAGGUUGGGCUAAAUAUUCUCGGGGGGAAAAAUAGGCCAAAUUGCGCAGCAUAUUAUAAUGAGCUCACUGACAGAACGCUAGAGCUGACACUAGGAGGCAGUCUGGAGACAUCAGAACGUAAAUAUGAGAAAGAAAGGAUACUGAAUGGCCUGAUGGGCUCUUAUUGGAAAACACCAGUCACUGAAAUUGGACUGCGUUUGCACUUUUGUAACUUGUAAUAAUUAAUAUUAACAAUUACAUAAAUUAAAGAAGCACCUCUUUUGAGACAGCUUGGUAUCCGAGAUCCCACUCUAGACAAAAAGUCCUAUUGGCAUAUUCACAUUCCACUUCACCUCUCCAUAACAGGGUUCAUGUGAACGUGCCUUCAUCUGUCUUCCCAAUGCUUUUCACUGCAUUUAUGAUGACAAAGAAACAUAUAAAGCAAAUCAUAAACCUUU